AUGACCAACAUAGACAGGUGUUACAACUAUGUGAGACCUUUUCCGUUCACGAACGACCUAGAACCGACCAAAGAAGGAGCGUCGAGUGACAGUGGGACUCUGCAUAACGUGGUCGAUCUGGUGAUGGGGCAAGACGGCAUUUUGUGGGUGCUCGACGUUGGCAUUUCGGAAACGCUGUCUGAUCGUCCUACACGAGAGAACGAAGCAAAAGUCGUUGGAUUCGACGUCGCCACCGGCAAGGCGAAGCACUUGAUUCCGUUGCACAAUCUGACUUGCCGUUUGAAAAGCCGACUGCAGUUCAUGGUGGUCGAGUACCGGAAAGACACCGUGGCCGUGUACGUCGGCGACGGAGGCACGCGAUCCAUAAUCGUAUGGUACGUGCGCAACGGCGAAGGGUUCCGCGUCAAGAUGCCAUACUCGACGGUGCUUGGGUGCAGGGAAUCGCGGGAAAUGGACGUGUUUUACAUUGCACUGAUCGAACAGUGCACCGGCAAUUACAUUUACUUCACGUAUCUGUCCAGUCCGGACGUGUUUCGCGUGCGGACCAAAGACUUGCGGAAACGGAUCAACCCCAAGUGCUUGGUGAACAUAGGGAGAAAACCGUGCAGAAUGGUGUUUGUGGGCGUAGGCUACGAGACGGUGCUGUAUUUCCGGAUCAAAGGCCAGAACCACCUGUACGGCUGGGACGCUAAGACGAGUUUUCUUGAGGAGAAUUUCAUGUUGGUGCGCAAGAGCAAAGACUGCCGGACCAUCACGCACGUGGACGUGGACAACGCCGGCAUCCUUUGGGCGUUGGAGAGCAACAUCCAAGACUUCCUGAUGGGAAACGUGGGCUGCUUCGGGCCGAACAUGAUGCUGUCUCCGGUUCUCGACAAACCCACGCCGGUCAACGAAUGCGAUUCUGCCAACGACGGUCCUUAA